CCCGACUGGAUUGAACAGACCGGUGGAAGUACGGUUUCUGUAGAACUUGGGGGAGCAUCUCAAUUCUCGUGUUUGUUUUCACUUCAUUACAGACGGCCCACCGCCGCCUUUGGGGUCUCUGAGCGACCGAUUCCAUAAAAUAGCAGCGGCUGCGGAUACUGGGGACAUGGACGAUUGGAGGAAGUUUAAGAAGGCGGGGUUGUUGGACGCGGCUGCAAUGGAGCGCAAGGAUUGGGAGGCGCUUCUUGAGAAGGCUUCAAGGCUUCAGAGCGAGCUUUUUGAUUACCAGCACAAUAUGGGACUUAUUUUGCUAGAGAAGGAAGCGUGUGCUUCAAAGUGUGACCAACUAGAACAAGGUUUAGCAGAAACGGUGGAAAUCUUCAAACGUGAACGAUCAGCACAUUUCAUUGCAUUAUCUGAAGUUGAAACGAGGAGGGAUACUUUGAAGAAAGCUCUAGCUGCUGAGAAGCAACAUGUGUCUAGUCUUAAAAAGGCUUUAUGUGAAGCAAAGGAGGAGUGUGCAGAAAUCGAACUUACUUCUCAGAAAAAGUUGGCUGAUGCAAAUGCUUUGAUAUAUGAAAUUGCGGAGAAAUCUUUGGAGUUGGAGAAAAAAUUGUAUGCUGCUGAAGCGAAGCUUGCUGAGGUAAAUAGGAAGAGUUCAGAGUUGGAAAUGAGGAUGCAUAAAGUCGAAAGCAGACCGAGCAAAUAUCCUUCGUCAUAAGAUGGAAACCCAGCUUCAUGAACAAAUUCUCACGAAUUGGUUUCUAUUCGUCAGGGUAAGGUUUCGAGCUCAGGGGGAGGAAGGGAAAGUUUGAAGGUGAAGAAAGGCGAGAUAUAGUCUCAUAUAUAUCUCUCCUCGGCUCCUCGGGCUUGGUUUGAGAUAUGAAGAAGUUUGAUUAUGACAUAGAUGGGUUCUCCUAACGAGAUACAUUCAGGGCAAUUGAAAUUUUGAAUGUGAAUCGAGCAUCAAACCACAUGCAUCUCACUUCUCCCCUUCUAACUUUGAAUUCUGAACUUAUUUUUAGACCUUA